GGAAGGAGAGGUGUGCCAGGCACUCAGCGAGCACCACUGGAGCUGCACUUCCUGUCUGAGGAACCACCAAGUGGUUUGCCUUGGCAAGAGAGGCAGGGCUCCAGGGCUGGGGGCUGGGUCUGAGGAGGGCAUUGGAGUCCAGAAGUCCAUAGUGGAGCCCUGCACAGUCCUGGCUGGGGGAGUAACAGGCCACCGUGUCCCAGCCCUAUCCCAACACAUACACACCCUGGUGGCCUGAAAAUGGGUUUCAUAUUGCUUCCCAUGGGAAAAGGGAUAGACAGGGCAGAUCUGGGGGGAUGAGGCUGUUAUUCUUAAUGCCCCCACCCCCAGUGCUCCAGGGUUGGGGGUGGGAGUUGGCAAGGAUUUGUAUCGGGAGGAGCAAUAUGUUUCAACAACUGUGCUGAGCUGCGUUUAUCCAACAGCCAGCCUGCCUGGGGAGACAAUAUUUGAAAAACACAGUAUUAAAAUUUGGACCUGCCAGAGAUGUGGGUGACUUUGAAGGAGCAGUGUAGCUGGUGCACAGUUUAUCACAGGUCCACUGGCCAUCCUAGCACCCUUUUUGAUUCCUGAGCUGGUACUUCUUCAUGGAGGAAGUCCUUCUGCCUGUCUAACUUGGGUGCUUCCUGUUUUCUGCUCUUUAGUAAAUGUGAGUCCUGCUAUUCUCUGACUUUUCUUUUUUGGCUGGUGUCAUCUCCUCUGCUUUGGGCCAUCGGCGUGUCUCAUUCUUGCUCCCCGUUCUCCCAUGAUUCCCCUCCACUAAUAUUAGGUCCAGAUUUUCCUGCCCUGGGAGGAGUGCAUUGGCUCAAGCAGACCUAGGAGUAGAAGAGAGGGCCUCUCUGCAGGUUGUGGGCACAGUGUGGGAACCUGCCGUGAACCACAGAGGGGUUUCUAACAUCUGCAUGUGUUCCAGCAUGUAACUGAGGGACAGGAGGGGGUAAGGCUGCGUCUCCAGGUACUCCCCUCAGUUCUGGUGCUCCCAGCUACUCCACUACCGCUUGGACUUCAGGCUCUUUGGUGAUCUGCCGCUAGACAAAGGAAGGUGUCCAGAGAAUUGGAGCCUGGGCCCUGGGCCCUAGGCCCCUCCACGAUGCUCCGCACUGGCCUCAUCCUGUGGGCUUCCCUGCUGACCGGGGCCUGGCCUGCCGCCCCCAUCCAGGACCAGGUUCCCGCUACACCUCGUGUCCGUCUGUCAUUCAAAGAACUUAAGGCCACGGGUACCGCCCACUUCUUCAACUUCCUGCUCAACACUACAGACUACAGAAUCUUGCUCAAGGACGAGGACCAUGACCGCAUGUACGUGGGCAGCAAGGACUACGUGCUGUCCCUGGACCUGCAUGACAUCAACCGAGAGCCCCUCAUUAUCCACUGGGCAGCCUCGCCACAGCGCAUUGAGGAGUGCAUACUGUCAGGCAAGGAUGGCAAUGGAGAGUGUGGGAAUUUCGUCAGGCUCAUCCAGCCCUGGAACCGAACACAUCUGUAUGUGUGCGGGACCGGUGCCUACAACCCCAUGUGCACCUAUGUGAACCGUGGCCGUCGUGCACAGGCCCCGCCGUGGACCCAGAUGCAGGUGGUCAGAGGCCGAGGCAGCAGGGCCACAGAUGGUGCCAACCGCCCGACGCCCACAGCCCCACGCCAGGAUUACAUCUUCUACUUGGAGCCUGAGAGACUGGAGUCAGGGAAGGGCAAAUGUCCAUACGACCCCAAGCUGGACACAGCCUCAGCCCUUAUCAAUGAGGAGCUCUAUGCAGGAGUGUACAUCGAUUUUAUGGGCACUGAUGCAGCCAUCUUUCGCACACUUGGAAAGCAGACGGCCAUGCGCACCGAUCAGUACAACUCCCGGUGGCUCAAUGACCCUUCAUUUAUCCAUGCUGAGCUCAUCCCUGACAGCGCGGAGCGGAACGAUGACAAACUCUACUUCUUCUUCCGAGAGCGCUCCGCAGAGGCUCCACAGAACCCGGCUGUAUAUGCCCGCAUCGGGCGCAUCUGCCUCAAUGAUGAUGGCGGCCAUUGCUGCCUCGUCAACAAGUGGAGCACAUUCCUGAAGGCGCGACUCGUCUGCUCGGUGCCAGGGGACGAUGGCAUCGAGACCCACUUCGAUGAACUCCAGGAUGUGUUUGUCCAGCAGACCCAGGAUGUCAGGAACCCUGUCAUUUAUGCUGUCUUUACCUCCUCAGGCUCUGUGUUCAGAGGCUCUGCAGUGUGCGUCUACUCCAUGGCUGACAUCCGUAUGGUCUUCAAUGGGCCCUUUGCUCACAAGGAGGGCCCCAACUACCAGUGGAUGCCCUUCUCAGGGAAGAUGCCAUAUCCCCGGCCUGGCACAUGCCCUGGCGGAACCUUUACGCCAUCCAUGAAGUCCACUAAGGAUUAUCCUGACGAAGUCAUCAACUUCAUGCGCAGCCAUCCGCUCAUGUACCAGGCUGUAUACCCGCUGCAGCGGCGACCCCUGGUGGUCCGUACAGGUGCACCGUACCGCCUCACCACCGUCGCUGUGGACCAGGUGGAUGCAGCUGAUGGGCGCUAUGAGGUGCUUUUCCUGGGCACAGACCGCGGGACAGUGCAGAAGGUCAUCGUGCUGCCCAAGGAUACCCAGGAGGUGGAGGAGCUCAUGCUGGAGGAAGUGGAGGUCUUCAAGGAACCAGCAGCUGUGAAGACUAUGACCAUCUCUUCCAAGAGGCAACAACUCUAUGUGGCCUCAGCUGUGGGUGUCACACACCUGAGCUUGCACCGCUGCCAGGCAUAUGGAGCUGCCUGUGCUGACUGUUGCCUCGCCCGCGAUCCCUACUGUGCCUGGGAUGGCCAGGCCUGUUCCCGCUACACAGCAUCCUCCAAGAGGCGGAGUCGCCGGCAAGAUGUCCGCCACGGGAACCCCAUCAGGCAGUGCCGUGGGUUCAAUUCCAAUGCAAACAAGAAUGCCAUAGAGUCUGUGCAGUAUGGAGUGGCCGGCAGCGCGGCUUUCCUUGAGUGCCAGCCUCGCUCACCCCAAGCCACUGUUAAGUGGUUGUUCCAGCGAGAUCCCAGUGACCGGCGCCGUGAGAUUCGUGCAGAGGACCGCUUCCUGCGUACAGAGCAGGGGCUGCUGCUUCGCGCCCUGCAGCUUGGUGACCGCGGCCUCUACUCCUGCACGGCCACUGAGAACAACUUCAAGCACAUCGUCACUCGGGUGCAGCUGCAUGUACUGGGCCAGGACGCCGUUCAUGCUGCCCUCUUCCCCCCACUGGCUGUGAGCGUCCCUCCACCUCCUGGCACAGGCCUCCCCACACCUCCUUAUCAGGAGCUGGCCCAGCUCCUUGCCCAGCCGGAAGUGGGCCUCAUCCAUCAGUACUGCCAGGGUUACUGGCGUCAUGUGCCCCCCAACCCCAGGGAGGCUCCAGGAGCCAGACCUCCUGAGUCCCAGGACCAGAAAAAGCCCCGGAACCGUCGCCAUCACCCUCCGGACACAUGAGGCAACUGCUGGAGGCCUACAUAGGACCAGCCUAGCCCCUCAUCCCUUUUAAUAUAAAAGAUAUAUAUAUAUAUAUAAAAUAUCUAUAUUCUAUACA